CCCCCGACCCCCGCCGGCCGGCCCCCCGCCCCAGCCCCGGAGGGAGCUCAUGGGAGUAUGAAGGAGAUGGUAGGAGGCUGCUGCGUAUGUUCGGACGAGAGGGGCUGGGCCGAGAACCCGCUGGUCUACUGCGAUGGGCACGCGUGCAGCGUGGCUGUCCACCAAGCUUGCUAUGGCAUCGUUCAGGUGCCAACGGGACCCUGGUUCUGCCGGAAGUGUGAAUCUCAGGAGCGAGCAGCCAGGGUGAGGUGUGAGCUGUGCCCACACAAAGACGGGGCGUUGAAGAGGACUGAUAAUGGAGGCUGGGCCCACGUGGUGUGUGCCCUCUACAUCCCUGAGGUGCAGUUUGCCAACGUGCUCACCAUGGAGCCCAUCGUGCUGCAGUACGUGCCUCAUGAUCGCUUCAACAAGACAUGUUACAUCUGUGAGGAGCAGGGCCGGGAAAGCAAGGCGGCCUCAGGAGCCUGCAUGACCUGUAACCGCCACGGAUGUCGACAGGCUUUCCACGUCACCUGUGCCCAGAUGGCAGGCCUGCUGUGUGAGGAAGAGGUGCUGGAGGUGGACAACGUCAAGUACUGCGGCUACUGCAAGUACCACUUCAGCAAGAUGAAGACAUCCCGGCACACCAGCGGGGGAGGAGGAGGAGGAGGCGGCGGGGGCAGCGGCACAGGGGGAAGUGGCAGUGGCUUCAUCUCUGGCAGGAGAAGCCGGUCAGCCUCACCGUCCACCCAGCAGGAGAAGCACCCCACCCACCAUGAGAGGGGCCAGAAGAAGAGUCGAAAGGACAAAGAACGCCUUAAACAGAAGCACAAGAAGCGGCCUGAGUCACCCCCCAGCAUCCUUACCCCACCUGUGGUCCCCGCUGCUGACAAGGUCUCCUCCUCAGCUUCCUCUUCCUCCCACCACGAGGCCAGCACGCAGGAGACCUCCGAGAGUAGCAGGGACUCAAAGGGGAAAAAGUCUUCCAGCCAUAGCCUGAGUCACAAGGGGAGGAAACUGAGCAGUGGGAAAGGUGUGAGCAGUUUUACCUCCGCCUCUUCCUCCUCUUCUUCCUCCUCUUCCUCCUCCUCUGGGGGGCCCUUCCAGCCUGCAGUCUCGUCCCUGCAGAACUCCCCUGACUUCGCUGCAUUCCCCAAGCUGGAGCAGCCCGAGGAGGACAAGUACUCCAAGCCCACAGCCCCUGCCCCUUCAGCCCCUCCCUCUCCCUCAGCCCCCGAGCCCCCCAAGGCUGACCUCUUUGAGCAGAAGGUGGUCUUCUCUGGCUUUGGGCCCAUCAUGCGCUUCUCCACUACCACCUCCAGCUCGGGCCGGGCCCGGGCCCCCUCCCCUGGGGACUACAAGUCUCCUCAUGUCACGGGAUCUGGAGCCUCAGCGGGCACCCACAAGCGGAUGCCCACACUGAGCGCCACCCCUGCACCUGCCGAGGAGACCCCAGAGACAGGCCUGAAGGAGAAGAAGCACAAAGCCAGCAAGAGGAGCCGACACGGGCCAGGCCGCCCCAAGGGCAGCCGGAACAAGGAGGGCAUUGGGGGCCUGGCUGCCCCCUCCCUGCCUGGUGCCCAGCUGGCUGGCUUUACCGCCACUGCUGCCUCACCCUUCUCUGGUGGUUCCCUGGUCAGCUCUGGCCUGGGUGGUCUGGCCUCCCGCACCUUUGGGCCUUCUGGGAGCUUGCCCAGUCUAAGCCUGGAGUCACCUCUGCUGGGGGCAGGCAUCUACACCAGUAAUAAGGACCCCAUCUCCCACGGUGGUGGGAUGCUGCGGGCUGUCUGCAGCACCCCCCUCUCCUCCAGCCUGUUGGGGCCCCCAGGGACCUCGGCCCUGCCCCGCCUCAGCCGCUCCCCAUUCACCAGCACCCUCCCCUCCUCCUCUGCUUCUAUCUCCACCACUCAGGUGUUUUCUCUGGCUGGCUCUACCUUUAGUCUCCCUUCUACCCACAUCUUUGGGACCCCCAUGGGUGCCGUUAACCCCCUCCUCACCCAAGCCGAGAGCAGCCACACAGAGCCAGACCUGGAGGACUGCAGCUUCCGAUGUCGGGGGACCUCCCCCCAGGAGAGUCUGUCUUCCAUGUCUCCCAUCAGCAGCCUCCCUGCACUCUUCGACCAGACAGCCUCUGCACCCUGCGGGGGUGUCCAAUUAGACCCUGCAGCCCCAGGGACUACUAACAUGGAGCAGCUGCUGGAGAAGCAGGGCGACGGGGAGGCCGGUGUCAACAUCGUGGAGAUGCUGAAGGCCCUGCACGCGCUGCAGAAGGAAAACCAGCGGCUGCAGGAGCAGAUCCUGAGCCUGACGGCCAAGAAGGAGCGGCUGCAGAUUCUCAACGUGCAGCUCUCUGUGCCCUUCCCCGCCCUGCCCGCCGCCCUGCCUGCUGCCAAUGGCCCUGUCCCCGGUACCUAUGGCCUGCCUCCCCAAGCCGGCAGCAGUGACUCCUUGAGCACCAGCAAGAGCCCUCCAGGGAAGAGCAGUCUGGGCCUGGACAACUCGCUGUCCACGUCUUCCGAGGACCCACACUCAGGCUGCCCAAGCCGCAGCAGCUCGUCGCUGUCCUUCCACAGCACGCCCCCACCGCUGCCCCUGCUCCAGCAGAGCCCUGCCACCCUGCCCCUGGCCCUGCCUGGGGCCCCUGCCCCACUCCCGCCCCAGCCACAGAACGGGUUGGGCCGGGCACCUGGGGCAGCAGGGCUGGGGGCCAUGCCCAUGGCUGAGGGGCUGUUGGGGGGGCUAGCGGGCAGCGGGGGCCUGCCCCUCAAUGGGCUCCUGGGGGGGUUGAAUGGGGCUGCUGCCUCCAACCCUGCGGGCUUGAGCCAGGCUGGCGGGGCCCCCACGCUGCAGCUGCCAGGUUGUCUCAACAGCCUAACGGAGCAGCAGAGACACCUCCUUCAGCAGCAAGAGCAGCAGCUCCAGCAACUGCAGCAGCUCCUUGCCUCCCCACAGCUGACCCCGGAACACCAGACUGUUGUCUACCAGAUGAUCCAGCAGAUCCAGCAGAAGCGGGAGCUGCAGCGGCUGCAGAUGGCCGGGGGCUCCCAGCUGCCCAUGGCCAGCCUGCUAGCAGGAAGCUCCACCCCACUGCUGUCCGCAGGCACCCCUGGCCUGCUGCCCACAGCAUCUGCCCCACCCCUGCUGCCUGCCGGAGCCCUAGUAGCUCCCUCGCUUGGCAACAACACAAGUCUCAUGGCCGCAGCAGCUGCGGCUGCAGCAGUAGCAGUAGCAGGCGGACCUCCAGUCCUCACUGCCCAGACCAACCCCUUCCUCAGCCUGUCGGCAGCAGACGGCAGUGGCAGUGGCCCCAAAGGAGGGACCGGUGACAAAGGAGCCUCAGCCAACCAGGAAAAAGGCUAAACCUACCCAUACCCCUUCUGACCCCCCAAGUGGAGGGGGCAGAUCCUGGCCUGAGGGGUUCUAGCCUGGAGCAGGCACCUGCACCCAGACACUGGAGAGCCCCGCCCAGAGCCUGUGCGGAGGCCCAGGGAGUGUGGGGAGCUCCUGGUGCCGAGGACUGAGACUGAGAGGGAGCCCUUCCAGCUGGGCCCCUGCACUCUGUGCACCCUCCCCUGCGUGAGAGGCUCGUAGGAAGGACAGGCUCCAAGCCCACCUAGAAGUCCCCACCCUCUGAAAAUGUUUUGGGGUCCUCCAGAGAGCAUAAGUAGGGGACUGGUUGGACCUGUCACAUAAAAUAGAUCAGCACUUGAAUGGAGAGAAGUAGAGGGACAGGCCCUGGGCCUGGGCCUGGGCCUGUCCCUGUGUGGAAAUCUUUUAUGGAAGAAGGGCUGGCCCGACUUUACCUGCAGUUCUUUCCCGACUUGGGCAGAUGGCAGAAGGGAUCCCUUGGAAUGUUUCUCGCCAUCCUUUCCCCACUGUGGGUCACAAGCUGAGCUUGUAAAAGCCCACAGAUGGAGGGGGCUGAGGAUGGGGCGGGAUAGCAUCAUACUCAGCCCACGCCUCCCCCACCUCAUGGGGCCCCAGUGAUGGGGAAGGGAGGGCGGGUGGCAGAGGCCCCAGCCUUCCUUGGUGCCCCCCGUGUUUGCACUAUUGGAUUUAGGAGUGCCGAGGGUGGGAAGAUGGAGCUGCCCGACUCAUAGAGUGUGAAUGAGCACAUGCGUGUGUGUAUGUGUGUGUGUCUGUCUUUCUGUCUCUCUCCCCCUGGACCUGGGGCAGCAUGGGCAGGAAUAGGAGCAAUUGUCAGAUGAUGUGGCACCAGAGGGGGGAGCUCCCAGCUCUUGUUUGCACCCUCCCCACCUCUCCACCUUUGGUCCCUUUCUGGGGCAUAAAUGGUUAACAAAAACCAGAACAGUACUCCAAUAUUGGAGAGUAACUGGGGGCUGGGGUCUUUGAAUCAGGGUAAUAUCCUGCCUUCCCUCCCCCAGACCCCACAUGGUCUCAGGGCCCCCUUUGGGCCCCCUUCCCCAUUGAUAGCUUGGUCCUUCUUCCCUGGCACAAGGGGAGCCCCAGGGCUGGGGGAGAGGGCAAGGGGGUGGGUAAAGUGCCACUUCUUUUAGCAAAAGCCUCCCUCCCAGAAUUGGCCAGCCUGCCUCCAGCACCCCACCCACCCCCACCAACCAAGAGAGCUGCUUAAGCUGACCUAACCACCAUCCCCUCACCCACCAGCUAUCCCCUCCCCCCGGGGGUGUAGUGGGCAAUUCUCAUCUUAAAAGCGUCCCCACUUGCGUAGGGCCUGCGUGGGGGAGGCCAGGUGGGGCCCUCUGGAGAGAGGCGAGGGAGGCCUGUGUUCCUGUCGCAGUUGCACUGGGUUGGAGCCCAGGGGAGGCAUUUCCAGCUCUCCCUGAUGCUCUGUCUUGUCAGUCUGUCUCUUUGCAUGUGUGGAUUUAUUUGUGUGUGUUUCUGUUUGGGUUUUUGUUGUUGGGUUUUUUUUUUUUGUUUGUUUGUUUUUUUUGUUCUUAAAUAAAGAAAGAAGUGUAUAUUUUUGGCAACAACAGAAACGUAGUGCAGAUAUAUUUUUGCCUGUGCUGCUCAACUGUUUUUUUUCUGAUACUGAAAAUAAUAUUAAUAUUCCUGUUGAUAAGACUUUGUAAGAUGUUAGGGAGCUGAUAAUGGAGGGGGUGGGUGGGGGUCCUUCAGAGGCAAUUUCUUAGGCACUUGCAAGGGCUUGGGGGAGGGGGAGGCAGUUGUGAUGACCUCAGAAAUACUCACUUUUUAUUAAUGCUAAAUACCGGUUAGAAAGCAAUGAUAGAAUUCAACAUUUUAUUUAUCUUACUCUAUUAAGCCCUGUAACUCCCUGCCUCCAAACCACUGAAAAGAAGAAAAUAACCUUCAGAGAUUCUUAGAGUUGCUCAUUCACGCCCUGCCCUUGCCCUAGGCUGGCCCACUUAGAACUGAGGUUAACUUCUGUUAUGGAAGGUAAGGGAAGGACAUCCUCCCCAAGGCUGCUGUGUUGAAGAGGGAGAGGUCCAAAUGAUUUAAUGCACUGGAACCAAGACCCCCAGCACACUCUGCCCUCCCCCAGCCCAAAGUCUGGGCUUCUCCAACUUUCCCAAGCUGUUUGCAUUCGAUGCUGUGGCAGAUUGUCAGGUUAGAUUUGAAGAAGGGACCCAGAGGGGCUGUGGAUUGGUGCUGUGUACCACCCCCCCACCCCUGCCCACAGCCCUUAGGAGAAGUAGUGGCGGUUCCUUCUGAGGGAGCAGGAGGAAAGGUCCAGGAGAUCUCUGGGAGGAUCAGGAUGCCAAUGCCAAGGAUGGCUGUAAUGACCUCACCCUCUCCCAGCCUCAGUCCCUUCUUUGAUAGUGAACUUAAAUUGGAGGGUGGGAAUGGACUCAGAUUUUUAGAUCUCUGUCUGGGGGAGGGGAAGGAUGUGGUUUGCAGAACGGAAGCAGGGUUGGAGAUGCGUGAGAGUGGAGCUCUGUAUGUCACAGCGAGGAAGGUGAGUGGGUGUGCAUGCAGAGCCGCUGUCUGCUGUGGGAUCACAACUGGUGCAGUGGCAGAGCUGGAAGGGACCCAUCUUUAAGGGUCAUUUGCUCCAAGCCUAGCAAGAGUGGGGGCAAAGGCUCGGUGGCAGAGCCAGGACCAGCCCUCAGGAUCAUGGCCUCCUGGUCCUUGGCUCCUCUGCCCCACUGUGUGGCUUCCACAUGGCUGGCUGUUCCGUGCGUGUGACACAUGGUGUGAAUGCAGGGCUGUGCCUAAGGCAAGAGGGUGUCCACAUAGCACUGACACUCUUAGCUCAGAGCUGAGGGAUCCUCUCCAUAGACAGCACACUUGAAGUGUCCUCUUGUUUUGUUUUUCCUGUUUGUGGGUGUUUCUCCUUGGGCUGCCUCCAGGUGCCCUGCCCAUUCUCAUACUGAGUUCUAGGGAAGUGCUCACCUGGGACUCUUAGGAAGGGCCUAUAGGAAUGAGGGGAGCCCAAGCCCCCUGAGAAAGGUCCCAAACUAGAAACACAGACAGGUUUUCAAAGGCAUAGACUUUCCCUGCCAGCUUCCAGCAUCUUCCUUGUUGUGCAGUGGGCCAGGUCAGGUGGGCAGCUUGCUCUCCUCCUUUGUCCCAGCUUCUUGGGGAGAGGUACCUAGAGGGACUGCCAUGUGUCUUCACCUGGGAAUCUGGAGGAAGGUGGGGAAGUAGCCUUGGUGCCCUCCUGCCACCGGCGUCAGUCUGGACUAAAAGUGUGUCUAGCUCCUGAUCACUUUGUCUUGAUCUACUGAAAACUCCUGGACUGAGGGGUGCUCUCUUUCCCCGUUGUUCACUUUCUCAACGUGGGACUUAAGUGGUGGGAUUGGAGACCCAAGCCCUGGCUCCCACCGCCCCCCUUUCCAUCCCAGCCUGUUUCCAUGUAGCAGACCCUUCCUAGGGAGCGGGGAGGGGAAGCCACAGAUUGCAAACCCAGGGGUUCCUUUUUCAUUCUUUCUAAAACCUCCUUUAUAUCCUCAGCCCAAAAGGCAAUGCCCCCACCACCUCCAAGCCUGGAAUUGUGCAUAACCCGGAUCUUGUAUCUUUGUAUAACGGAUGUUAUUUGUACGAAGGGCAGUUCGUAAACAGCACUUGUUCUUUUAAUAAAAGAAUGUUUUGCAAAAAAAAAAAAUCCAAAGA